ACAAGGUUGAUCCCAAGAGCUACGAAGUACUUUGCUCCAAGUCUUCUCGAACACCAGCGCAGCGCCAGCACAGCAAGCACAGCAGUCAGGCGCUCACCGCCGCACCACUUACACAUUCCUUUAUUGUCAGGCGCCACGUCGGAUCGGUCAUCCUACACUCCUUCACAAACCGCGAUCGAUUCACCGUUCUCACUCUGCGACAGUCUUUCGAUCGCAUGGAACGCAGCAUUCCACAUUUUCGCUGAAUACGGCGCGCAUUCAAAGACAUGGCCGCCGACUACUUGCGCCGGCACGCCAGCCUCUUCGGGAUCCAAAUAGGAAACAUAAUUCUCGUCGCGCUUGUAAUCCAAAAUGCAGGCAUUUCCAUACUCCUACACUACUCCCGCCAUAUGCCGCUGGUGAACGGCGAACGUUAUUUCGCAUCCACUGCAGUCCUCCUCACCGAAGUGCUCAAGCUCGCCUUCUUCCUUUCAAUGGCCCUUUACGACAUUUCCACGAACCCUCAGUCCCCCGAAUCCUCCACUAUCGGCGAGUUGGCCGGCGCAUUGUCAAGAGCUAUGUUUACAGGGGACAGCUGGAAAUUGGCGAUACCGGCGAUGCUAUACACUCUCCAGAACUCGCUGCAGUACGUGGCUGCGAGCAAUUUGGAUGCCGCGAACUUCUCAUUGGCUUUUCAGCUAAAGGUCGUUGCAACGGCAGUGCUCAGCUCUGUGUUUCUGGGAAGAGCUCUCGAUCUACGAAAGUGGGCCAGCUUGGCUGUCAUGGCGUUCGGUGUCUUCAUGGUGCAGAUGUCGGCCGUUGCACAGGCUCCUGGCCCGCUGUCGAUGAAGGACUUGAAAGAUGGAGUAUCGUUCCACUCGCCAAGGAGCAUGUGGGAAAUGGAGGCGGAAGGAAAUGUAGCUGCUGGCCAGCUCAACAAGCGCUCUGCUACGUACGAAGGCAUUGACGAAGACGUCCUGGCAGCGAACCCCAGGCGCAACGUGUCAGUUGGCAUUGGUGCAGUUGCGAUGGCUUGCAUACUGUCUGGGGUUGCGGGCGUGUAUUUUGAGAAGACACUGAAAGCCAAGGAUGCGAGAGCGUCGAUAUGGGUGCGGAACGUACAGCUCUCCUUUUACUCGGUCUGGCCAGCCCUUUUCCUUGGCGUGACGUUUAUGGACGGAGAACAUGUUGCAAAGACUGGCUUCUUCACUGGUUACAAUUGGGUGGUAUGGGCUGUCAUUGGAGUGCAAGCAUUGGGUGGCGUACUCAUAGGGCUUGCAUUGAACUACAGCGAUGGCGUUACGAAAGGGUUGGCCACAAGCGUGUCUGCCGCUAUCGUUGUGUUGGUCUGCAUACUUUCCGCAGAGAUCAACACUGCAGGCAUGCACUGGCUCGGUACAGCAGCAACCCUCGGAGCGGCUUACUUCUUCAGCUCGAAGACAGACGACAAGGCGUUGCGCCCCCCUCCUAUCAACGUGACACAAUCCAGCUGCAUCAAACACAACUCACCGACUGUCACGCAUGCGGAGCUGAAUGUGAUGGACCGCCGAAUGGUCGAGCAGCUUGACCAGCUGCAGCGCGGUGCUCGAGAAGUUCGCCCAGGUAACGACGAUGAUACGUACGGCGGAUACGGCACUUUGCAGUACCACAAUGCCGAGACAUAUGACCAACGACCUCAGCAAUACUACGAAAAUGACGCCUCAUAUCAUCGGCAGUACGAUCAUGCCAUCGGCGAACAAGUCGACCGGCAACCUGCACACGACUACCAACACGAUCGAGAGUCCACCGAGUACGCCAGACAGCCUCUGCAAUCCGGUCCACAGGAGCAUCAGCACAUGGACAACUCUUACCACCAAAGCACCUAUCACGAGCAGUCAGCACCCUCGCAGCACAACUUCUCGCGAUUUGCCUUCGAGCCCGAUAGAGCACCGUCGAGCUCGUCACCACGCCGGCUACCAUCGUCUCCGAGCUUUGUCGCCAGCCAGAGGCGGCCAGGAGCCAGUGCGUACGCUCGCCACGAGCCCACUCGAUACCGCGACAUCCCACCCCCGAGCGCCCAGCGGAGUACGUACUACGAACCGACUUCACAGGCAGAUGAUCGACAGGACGAAUUGCCAGAAGAUAUCCACCAUGUGGCUCAGCCUAUUCCGCCACCGCCACAGCCGAACAACAUGGGAAAGCAGAAAGAAGCCAAUCUUGGGCCACCAAUUGUACAAGGCAUCCAACUGAUCUCGACUCGAGAGCUUCCCGACCGACUUCGCAAGAUUUUCCCAUACCCCAAUUUCAAUGCCGUGCAGUCAAAGAGCUUUGGGGUGGUCUAUCGAACCAGUGACAACUUCGUACUUUCUUCGCCCACAGGAAGCGGCAAGACAGCGGUGCUUGAGCUGGCAAUCUGUCGUCUCGUCUCCACUUUCACCAACGGAUCGUACAAGAUUGUCUACAUGGCGCCAACCAAAUCUCUCUGCUCGGAGCGGCAGCGUGACUGGCAAGCCAAGUUUGCUCAUCUUGACCUCCAGUGCGCUGAACUGACAGGCGACACCGAGAACGCACAACUACGCAAUGUUCAGCACGCCAGCAUCAUCAUCACGACGCCUGAGAAAUGGGACAGCAUGACACGAAAAUGGAAAGAUCACCAGAAAUUGAUGCAGAUGGUCAAGCUCUUCCUCAUCGAUGAGGUGCACAUACUCAAGGAGGACCGUGGUGCAUCGCUCGAAGCCGUCGUCUCUCGCAUGAAGUCAAUCGGAUCGGAUGUUCGCUUUGUCGCGCUCUCUGCCACAGUUCCCAAUUCGCAAGACAUCGCGACUUGGCUGGGGAAAGACACCAUGAACCCUCACAUCCCGGCAUCAAGAGAGCGGUUGGGAGAGGAGUUCCGCCCGGUUCCUCUCAGAAAACACGUCUGUGGCUACAAUAGUCCUGUUAACGACUUCGCCUUUGACAAGACCCUCAACGCAAAGCUUCCGGAUGUGAUCGCUAAGUUUUCCCAUCGCAAGCCGCUGAUGGUCUUCUGUUUUACGCGGCAGUCCUGUGUUGAUACUGCCAAGCUUCUCGCACAAAUGACAACAGCUGGCGUGGCGUACCACCAUGCUGGACUGUCUCUGGAAGACCGGCUGGCCGUCGAAAAGGGGUACCUUGCAGGCGAGAUCAACGUCAUAUGCUGCACAUCGACGCUUGCUGUUGGCGUCAAUUUGCCAUGCCAUAUGGUGAUCAUCAAGAACACGGUCACCUAUCAGAGCUCCGCCGUCUGCAAAGAGUACUCGGAUCUCGAGGUUAUGCAGAUGCUUGGUCGCGCUGGUCGUCCGCAGUUCGACACGAACGCGGUGGCCGUGAUCAUGACUCGUCUGUCGCAGGUGCCUGUGUAUGAGAAGAUGAUCUCCGGCCAGGAGGUGCUCGAGAGCUGUCUUCACCGAAAUCUCAUCGACCAUCUCAAUGCUGAAAUCGGUCUAGGCAGCAUCACCAGCGUGUCGACCGCCAAGAGGUGGUUGUCUGGCACAUUCCUCUACGUCCGUCUCAAGGAGAACCCGGAGCACUAUAAGAUCGAGAGUGACGCACCUGGCCGGAACCUUGACGAGCGUCUCGAGAAUAUCUGCAGCAAAGCCAUCGAAUUGCUCAAACAGACCGAGUUGGUGGAUGGCUCAACCAAAUUGCAAUGCACUGAAUUUGGCGAUGCUAUGGCCCGCUAUUAUCUGCAGUUCCGGACGAUGAGGACGUUCCUAUCUCUGCCGCCCAAGGCAAAGAUCUCGGAAAUACUGUCUGCUUUGACUCAAGCUGCUGAGUUCAAAGACAUACGCUUCCGAGCCGGAGAGAAGUCCGUCUACAAGGAGCUGAACAAGAACAGCUCGAUCAAGUUCCCCAUUCCCGUCAAUAUCGACAUGACCGCACACAAGAUCUCCCUCGUCGUGCAGUCAGUCCUCGGAGGUAUUGAGCUACCAACCGAGGAGGGCAAACACCGGAUCGAGUACAACACCUGCAAGAGUAUCGUCUUCCAACACGCUCAUCGGCUCAUACGCUGCAUAGUCGAUUGCCAGCUACAUUUGAACGACUCGACGUCGGCUCGCCACGCACUUAUGCUGGCCCGCAGUCUCGCUUCGCAAGUGUGGGAUGACUCCCCUCUGUCGUUAAAGCAGCUGGAAGGAGUCGGGAUUAUGGCUGUACGCAAGCUCGUCAACAACAACAUCCGGAGUAUCGAAGACCUAGAGACCACAGACUCGAACCGUAUCGAGAUGAUACUCUCCCGCAACCCACCAUUUGGUUCGACGCUCCAGAAUCGAGCGGGAGCCUUCCCCAAGCUACGAAUUGCAAUGAAAGCCAUGGGAGAGCCGAUCGUCAAGAAAGGAGAAUGCGUGACCCUCAACAUCAAAGCUGAGAUCGGCUUCAUGAACGAGCAGAUUCCGGAGAUGUUUCAACGGAAGCCGGUCUACGUUUGCGUUUUGAUCGAAACGUCCGACGGACGCAAGUCCUACUUUGCUCGUAUGAGUGCAAAGAAGCUGAAUCGCGGGCAAGAUCUCCUCUUCACAGCUGAUCUUACCGGCGCGAGCCAGGUCGUUCGAGGCCACAUCAUGUGCGACGAAAUUGCAGGUACUCAGCGCACAGCCACGCUCGAUCCAGAGAUUCCUGCAUUCAUGUUCCCGACACCCAAGCGAGUCGAAGAGCUGAACAAACAGCGCGACGCCACCAGCACCGUUCCAGACACGACCAAGCUACGCGCUGUGUCUGCUUCACAGCCGAGGCCCGCAGACGACAAGUCUGAUGAGUUUGGCGAUGAUACAAUCGAUGAACUGGAUCUCACCGAAAACGAUACCAUCAUGAACAUUGAUGACUUUGACGAUCACGGCAAUGCGAAGUCGAAACCUGGAAAGAAGGGCAAGCCGCAGCCUGCACCCACGGCAACCUUCAAGGAGCCGGUCCGACUCGAGAAUGGCAAGUGGGCAUGCAACCAUCCGUGCAAGGAAAAAGACAAAUGUAAGCAUGUCUGCUGCAAGGAGGGCAUGGACAACAAGCCGAAACCUCCCAAGUCGAAGGAAUCAAAGAAGAUGGACGUCAAUACCGACCCAAGGCAAACACAGUUGGACAUCUCCAGGACUAAGAAGUCGACAACAUCAGCAUCUUUGCCGCAGCCAGCUACGGUAUCAGUUCGGAAGUCGGCCAACUCCAAAGAAGCUGAGAAUCUCAAUCGGCUGCAUGACAAGACCAGCACUUCGAUACCCACAAUUCCGCGACUUGCGACAGACCGCUCGAAGAGUGAAGCGGCGUCUUCCGGGUUCAGGAACGCACAAUCCUCUCUGCAUGUCUCCAAGCCCGCUCCAGUUCACGAGGAGGAAGAUGAGUUUCCCGAUGACUUCGACCUGGAAGACUUUGACAUGGACGAUCUUCUUUUCACCUCGCAGGUCAAGGGCACUACCAUAAAGAAAAACCACACGAAGAUGACACACGCGAAGAUAAACGACACGAAGAUGAACGACACGGAGACCGCCGACUUCAGCGACGAAGACAUGCUUGACUUCGGGCUUGAAGACAAUGACCCUUCCACAAAUCCGGACUUCGAUGAGACGAUGGCUGACGCGGACGUGGCCUCCUUCCCUAGUGAUCACGGUGAGGAUGACGUUCAGAAGUGGUCUGAACUCGGCUUGGAGUUUCAUGAAGACGCGCAACCUGACAAUGAACUCACGGCGAGCAAAGCACUGGACCGAGCAUUGCUCAAUUCGCAAGCCAUGCAGCAGGCGCGUGCCCGAGGCAAAGACAAAGACCUGUUCGUUACAGGCGAAAGCUCGAGCACGGCGAGUAACCAGCUCUCUUCUUCCACGGUCACCCGAAGCUCGUCCUCGCCGGAGAAGCACGAGCGUGCUCCGAACGAUCUCGUCGCUGCAGGUGACUUCUUUCAUCCUGCGAAGAGGCACAAGCAAAGCUUCGAAGACGACACUACCGAUGCAAUCGACUAUACGAAUGCUGUACCGGGCAACGAGUUCCUCGCAGAGGUCGCCGCGGCCGACGAAGCAAAAGAGCAGAAGAACAAGGACGCGCCCGUGGACGAAGCGGGAGAAUGGUUCAAACAGAUGUUCGGCACGGAAAUGUUCGAGUAUAUCGGUUGA